UCUGAUAGGUUGCGAGGAGGGUUGCCUUCGUGAGGCCCCGCCCUCACUGGAACGCUUCAGGCUUAUCAGGUUACCCGAAUCGAGUCAGAAGCGGCCGCGGGUCUAAGCGCUUCGCUUCCAGAGCCCAAUACAUACAGCUGAUACACGCAGACCAGAUCUGGUCAGGUUCUCGGAAGCUGAGUCCAGAGCAAUGCUGUUGAAGACAGUUCUCUUGCUGGGGCAUGUGGCCCAGGUGCUGAUGCUGGACAAUGGGCUCCUGCAGACACCACCCAUGGGCUGGCUGGCCUGGGAACGCUUCCGCUGCAACAUUAACUGUGAUGAGGACCCAAAGAACUGCAUCAGUGAAAGGCUCUUCAUGGAGAUGGCUGACCGGAUGGCACAAGAUGGAUGGCGGGACAUGGGCUACACAUACCUCAACAUUGAUGACUGCUGGAUCGGUGGGCGCGAUGCCAGUGGCCGCCUGAUGCCAGAUCCCAAGCGCUUCCCUCAUGGCAUUCCCUUCCUGGCUGACUAUGUUCACUCCCUGGGCCUGAAGUUGGGCAUCUACGCUGACAUGGGCAACUUCACCUGCAUGGGUUACCCAGGCACCACACUGGACAAGGUGGUCCAGGAUGCUCAGACCUUCGCCGAGUGGAAGGUAGACAUGCUCAAGCUGGAUGGCUGCUUCUCCACCGCCGAGGAGCGGGCCCAAGGGUACCCCAAGAUGGCUGCUGCCCUGAAUGCCACAGGCCGCCCCAUUGCCUUCUCCUGCAGCUGGCCAGCCUACGAAGGUGGCCUCCCCCCAACGGUGAACUACAGUCUGCUGGCGGACAUCUGCAACCUCUGGCGUAACUAUGGUGACAUCCAGGACUCCUGGCAGAGCGUGCUCUCCAUCCUGAAUUGGUUCGUGAAGCAUCAGGACAUACUGCAGCCGGUGGCCGGCCCUGGGCACUGGAAUGACCCUGACAUGCUGCUCAUUGGAAACUUCGGUCUCAGCUUAGAGCAAUCCCGGGCCCAGAUGGCCCUGUGGACGGUGCUGGCAGCCCCCCUCUUGAUGUCCACAGACCUGCGUACCAUCUCCGCCCAGAACAUGGACAUUCUGCAGAAUCCACUCAUGAUCAAAAUCAACCAGGAUCCCUUAGGCAUCCAGGGACGCAGGAUUCACAAGGAAAAAUCUCUUAUCGAAGUGUACAUGCGGCCUCUGUCCAACAAGGCUAGCACCUUAGUCUUCUUCAGCUGCAGGACCGAUAUGCCUUAUCACUACCACUCCUCCCUUGGCCAGCUGAACUUCACCGGGUCUGUGACAUACGAGGCCCAGGACGUCUACUCAGGUGACAUCAUCAGUGGCCUCCGAGUUGAAACCAACUUCACAGUGAUCAUCAACCCUUCGGGGGUAGUGAUGUGGUACCUGUAUCCCAUCAAGAACCUGGAGAUGUCCCAGCAGUGAGGAGCUGGGACAUGUGACAGGCUGUGAUGGCACCACUGAGCCUAGACCAUGGAGCCUUGGCAUGCCCAGGGCAAGUGGGCAGGUUCUCUGCUCCCCAGGCCUGCUUGGUGACUGACCCCAUCAUACCCAAAGUGCAAUCUCAGGGCCAGGUUCUAUGCCAUGCCCAAGCGUAAACCUUCUUGGAAACUUUUGGGGCAAUUUUCCUGUGGCCUUCCUGGCCUCUACUUCGUGUGCGCAGCCCCACAGACGUUGCUGAGCAACUCGCCAGCCUCCCAAGCCCUAUGCCCGUCAGGACUCUAGCCUCUGACCUUGCUGCUGACUCUGAAAUCAGGAUUUGGAAUUUUUCGAAUUAGGAGUAGAGAGAUCUGACCUCUUGCCAGGAAUGCCCAUGAAUCGUGUGAUUGGCUUUUCUACCCAUAGAGGGCCUUGCAGGCUGAUACCACCUAGGAGUGAGGGUCACAAAGGAGACCUUGGCACCUUCAGGUCACCAAUAAACCUGUUCUUUAAUCGA